CACACACACACACACACACACACACACAAACACACACAAACACACACAUGCUCGCAGUGAAAUAAUGAAAGUAACCACAUCAGAACCACACGGCUGCAACUGAGACGUCCAGAACCAUGAGCGUUAAACAAGCCUGCAUCUUUCUCAGAGGAGGAACCAAGAGACACACGAGGUCUCUCACUCAGGAGGAGGUAGAAGAGCUGCGUGAAGCUUUCGUAGAGUUCGACAAGGACAAGGACGGUCUGAUCAGCUGCAAAGACCUGGGGAACCUGAUGAGGACCAUGGGCUACAUGCCCACAGAGAUGGAGCUGAUCGAGCUGAGUCAGAACAUCAACAUGAACCUGGGAGGACGAGUGGACUUUGAAGACUUUGUUGAACUGAUGACCCCCAAGCUCCUGGAUGAGACCGCAGGGAUGAUCGGGCUGAAGGAGCUGAAGGACGCUUUCAGAGAGUUUGACAUCGACGGUGACGGCUUCAUCACCUCGGAGGAGCUGAGAAGUGCCAUGGCGAAGCUGCUGGGUGAACACACCAGCAGGAAGGAGAUCGACGCCGUGGUCAGAGAAGUCGACAACAACGGAGACGGGACCGUCGACUUUGAGGAGUUUGUGAAAAUGAUGUCUCAGAAAUGAGGAGCGGAGGGAUGAGGAGGUGAACCAGCUCUUUGACUUUCUUUUUAAUUUAAGAGUCUGCAUCAAGUUUUGUCUGUAUAAACGUCUGCAUGUCUAAAAAAACACUGAAGAGUUUCUGCUGCUGUGGAGCCUCAAAUCUACUGGAAAUAGAACAGAAGAAGAAGAAGAAGACGUCUCCUGCUCCCUCCUCUUUAUGUCCAACAUGUCUCCGCGUCUCUUUCUGUCCACAUUGAUUCCAGCUUGUUCUUCUACCUUCAUGUGUCUGUUCACAGAGAAGAUUCAUUCCAACCAGAUCCAGAGUUUCCAUGGUUUCAUGGUUUUAUUCGGAUUAUUAGGCUGAAAUAUUUCCUUUUUCUUCAGGUGACGUAUUUUUACUGUGUUGGUGUUUUCACUAAAGUAAAGUAUUAUUUCUCCCACUUGUCUUUAUACUGAACAGAUCUGAUGAGCUCCAUGAAUUACAUCUUUUUUAAUGAGACACUUCACGUUCGACCUAAUUUUAAUGUCUGUUUUCUGGAUUCAUUGUGUUUAAACCAUAGAGCAAUAAAAAUAAAAAGUGUUUCUCAGAUA